ACCGUUCGGAAGAAUCGGUUCAGUAAGCUGAAUCGAGUUCUCCAUCACUAGGAGCCGUUCCUGUAAGCCAGUCUUUUCGGGUGUCGUGCCUCGCUCUCUUUUUACUUGCCCCAUCGGGACUCUAUUGCCCCCUGCCCCGCUUCCACCACAUGAGCCGCUCGGUCGCGAAAAACAGCGCCAGGUAAACCCACAGAGAGCCCCGUGGAGACGAUGAGAGUGGCCGGCAGCAGACGGAGCUCGGCGGACGGGAGGAAGGAGCUGGCUCUCCCCGUCACCAACCCUUUCGUACACGACCUGAGGUUCACCCCAUGGCAGAAGCUCCAGAUUGGGGUGAUGACACUGACACUCUUCCCCAUCCGACUCUUCGUUGCUGCAUCCAUGAUGCUGCUGGCAUGGCCCUUUGCCUUCAUUGCCACCAUGGGGCGUUCUGAAGAGGCUGUGGAGCCACAGUGCUUAUGGAGAAGGGUGGUGGACAUUAUUCUGCGAACCAUAAUGCGGGUCAUGUGGUUUGCUGGUGGCUUCCACUGGAUCAGUGUGAAGGGCAGGCAGGCUCUGCCCGCUGAGGCGCCCAUACUCACCCUCGCCCCCCACUCGUCUUAUUUUGACGCCAUGCCUGUCACUAUGACCAUGGCCACCAUCGUUAUGAAGGCUGAGAGCAAGGACAUCCCACUGUGGGGAACCUUGAUAAAAUACAUCCGACCCGUGUUUGUGUCGCGGUCAGACCAGGACUCCAGGAAGAAGACUGUAGAGGAGAUCAAACGGAGAGCUCAUUCAGGAGGGGAGUGGCCUCAGAUAAUGAUCUUUCCAGAGGGAACAUGUACCAACAGGUCCUGUCUGAUCACAUUCAAACCAGGUGGAUUUAUUCCAGCAGUGCCAGUACAGCCUGUCGUUAUUCGCUACCCUAAUAAGCUGGACACUAUUACCUGGACUUGGCAGGGCCCUGGAGCGUUUAAGAUACUGUGGCUCACUCUUUGCCAGUUUCACAAUGAGUUUGAGAUUGAGUUCCUUCCCAUUUACACCCCCAGUGAAGAGGAGAAGAGGAACCCGCCUCUGUUUGCUCACAACGUGCGUCGCCUCAUGGCCAAGGCCCUGGAAGUCCCCGUGACAGAUUACUCCUUUGAGGACUGUCAGUUGGCCAUGGCAAAGGGCCAGUUCAGGCUGCCUGUGGAUACAUGUCUGCUGGAGUUUGCUAAACUUGUCCGGAGACUGGGGCUGAAGCGGGAGAGCUCUGAUAAGCUGCUGAAAGAGUACGGGAAAAGAGCGCGUAAGCUGCAGGGUCAGAAGCAGACUUUGGAGGAGUUUGCACAAUUUCUGGACCUACCGAUGUCCGAUGUGCUUCGAGACAUGUUCGCUCUCUUCGAUGAGCAUGAAGAUGGCACAGUGGACAUCCGGGAGUUUGUGAUCGCAUUCUCCGUAGUGUGCAGACCUGCCAAAACACUGGAAACUAUCAAGUUGGCCUUUACGAUGUUUGAGGCUGAGGAGGAUGGGGCGAUCACAGAGGAUGAACUGGCCUGUAUCCUGCGGACUGCUCUCGGGGUGGCGGAGCUCAGAGUGUCCCGUCUAUUCAGUGCCAUCGAUGUGGAGGACAGUGGAAAACUUACAUUUGAGAUGUUCCGGAGCUUUGCAGAGCAGCGGCCGGACUUUGCUGAGGAGUUUCUGUAUGCAGAUAACGCAGGCUUCUGGGGCACCCCGACCUCCAGCGCCUCCAGCCCCGUCUCUAACGGCUUCUGCGCCGAUUUCACCCCCAGCGAGCAUCACGCCACUCACAAGAAACACGACUGAACAUCCCGCCCCCCCCGGGCCUCUGAUUGUGUGCUGUCCGGUUCUGGAGAAGAGACGGAGAGAAAGGAAGAGAGAGCAUGGAGGUCACUGGACUGCCAUUGUUCUAGAAAAUACAAAGUUUACUCCUGUCAGUCAGGACAUUUGUGUGGUUCUUUGGUAACCUUCACCUCUUCUCCUCUCUUUCUGUCUUGUCUUUAUUCUCGUUCUCUGCCCCUUUUGUCUGCUUUUUUGUUCUGUUUCUGUUUGUAGUUUUUUGAAAAAGGGAAAACCAUUCUGAGAGCCAAAAGAUGGUGGGGGGAAAUUUGCUUACUUGAAGGCCAAGCACUUAAUUUUUUUAUUUUAUUAUUAUUAUUUUUUUUUUCAUUUGUUGAGGAGGAAACGGUUUCAUAGGUUAAGGAAAUUAAACCACAAAGUCGGUUCAGAUGCGAAGCUCCUCUCUCUCGCUCCUUUUUUUUUUUUUGGGAGGGACUGUAGAUGCCUUUCUUCUAAAUCUCCUUUAGUAAGCAUUGCAUGGGCUUGAUGCUUGUUAACAGUAUUAUUCCAGUAUUUUGACUGAAGGCUCACAAAAGCACUGGUGACAAAUAUCUGGCUUCCAUACACUAAGAAAGGAGGAUCAGAUUUGAGGUGCAUUUUAGCCUAAAUCAAUAUGCUGGUCUGAAUUGAACUGAGCCAGUCAAUUUUUUUAUGAUGAUUUGUUAUUAUUUCUGAAUUUAAUUUGUUGUUUUCUCUUUGUUUCUUUAGUGUUUUUCUGUAUUUGUUUGUUUAAUUUCUGUUUUUAUUUUUAAGCUCAGGGGGGUUGGUUAGUAGACUGAAGCUUGUGUCUUGUUGAGCACCAUGUGUAAAGGUAGCGGUGGUGAGUGCAUGUGAUAGUUAAUGGAUCUCCACUACUUUGAGAAAUGCAGAUUCUUUUUGGCAUUUGGCCAGGUCAGUUCCUCCCUGUGACCAGUACAGUCUCAGCUGUGUGUUGAGAAUUCCAGACUAGCUGCAAGUGUAAAGGUCAGUUUAGACUUAAGACGGGGAUUAAGCCUGGGUGUUCAAUAUAUUUUCCUUACAGUGGAAAAUCUCCAGUCAGAAUGCUGUGUAGUCUAAGACUAGGCUUAAUCCCUGGCCGUAAGGGUUUACUCCUCUCUUUACUACUCUUUUUGUUUCUUGAUUUGAUUUAUAUGUAUUUUUUUUUUUUACCCCUAACAAAAUCGACCAUCAGAUCAACAAGGACCAAAAGUCUUCUACUUGCAUGUAAUCUGUGGUACUUCUCUAGCAUCCACCAAGAUUCUGAAGAGUGGCAGGGUUGAAUAGAGCGGUUCUUAGCUGACAGAUCUCUGUAUCUAUAUUGCGACAUGUUAGCAUUCCUGUAUGUCUAUAUUUUGAGACUUAGCUCCAAGCUUAGCCUUGAGGCCGUCCCUGCUGGAACACAGCAUCACAUAAGUAUGCCCUUUUUUUUUUUUUAAUAAAGGAAACUGAGCGAG